AUGGGCCACAUGCUGUUCAUCGACCAGCCUCUGAACGUGGGCUUCUCGUACUCGGGAAACCGCACGGGAACGCAGCAGGUGAGCUCCUCCAACGAAGGCGCACUCCACUUGGUAAACUUCCUCUACAAUUUCUAUAGGGAAUGGCCGAAACUGGCUGCCAGUCCACUCUAUAUCACUGGAGAAUCAUUCGCAGGCCACUACAUUCCCGCAUUUGCAAGGGAAAUCCUGCUUAACGAAACCUUCAAGGCCGCUACUAAGGUGAAUCUGAAGGGCGUGGCUAUCGGUGACGGUUGGGUAGAUCCAAUCAACCAAUUCAACUACUACGACUCCCUCCUCUACUCCGCAGGCAUCAUCAGCAACAAGUUCAGAGAGGACGACUACGUCAUCAACACAGCUGGCGUCCUCAACUACCUCAACUCAGUCAACUGGAACUACAUUUCCAAUUGGAAACGCGCCAGGAAGGAUGUGUGGCGCAUCAACAACCAGAUCAGGGGAUGGGCAAAGACCUACGGAAACCUGUGGUUCGUGCUGGUCAACCGCGCAGGCCACCUCGUCCCCACCGACCAGCCAGAAUCCGCCUUCAACAUGUUCGGCCACUUUGUUCGCGACGAUAGAAACUGGAACCAAUGA